AUGAUGAAAUUCUCGAUGGGGUCGGAGCAAGGACGGAAGGCGACUCGACUCGGCUCCACGGUCGCUGCGAGGGGAGGCUCGUGUUACAGUCGCUGCUCCAUCCGCCCUGACGCGACGUGGAGAAAGGAAUCCUUGGAGGCGCCAGAGUCCUUUCACUCCUCUCCACGUGGAGGGAGCUCGAUCGACGUCCUCUCGGAGGCCGGGAUCCAGGCGGAGCCGCUCGGCGUGACCCCCGGCGAGGGGAUCUGCCCGGAGAGGGCCAGCAGCUUCGACGAGGCCGGGGAGCCCGUCUUCGACGACAAGGACGUCGCCUACGGGAUCGAACAGAAUGCGUUCCGCUUCGCGCGAGUUCCGACCCAAAACGUGGUCUUUGCAGUCGGCUUCCCGAAGGAUUUCUCCAUCCUGGCGACGGUCCGGGCCCAAAAGGCCACGGACAGCACCCUUCUGACCAUCUACAACGACGCCGGCGACGAGCACCUGGCCAUCCGGCUGGAGCAGAAGACCUUCUUCUACUACCGGGACGCGGAGACGAGCGCCAAGGACGCCAAGAACCUGGAAUUCCAGGCGUCCCUCACCGACGGAAAGUGGCACAAGUUAGCCUUGAGCGUGAAGGGAAACUCCGUGACGAUGCUCCUGGACUGCGAGACCCAGGAGACCCUGCCGCUGGAGAGGAACCAAUCGUCCCGAAUCAGCAACACCGGCAUCAUCUUGGUGGGGCAGGACCUCCUGGACGUGAAGCACUUCCAGGGUUCGCUGCAGCAGCUGUACGUCGUGCCCGGGCCGGGAGCGGCGUACGAGCAGUGCUCGCUCUACUGCCCGCCGUGUCACUUGCCGAUGACGGUGUCCUCGGAGGACUUCAGGCCGUUGCAGCCCGGCGAGGCGGUGGAGGGGGGCAGCCCGGUCGUCGUGGCGCCGGGCGUCGACAACGUCACCUUUGUCGGUUCCCUCUUUCCGCCGCAUGCAGACGACGAAAAGAUCUCGCCGACUCAACCGAAACCGAUCUCGACCCCUCAGGAAGGGUCCGGAGAGUUCGAGUUCCUCGGAAACACCCAGUACACGUACUACAGCGUGCAGGGCCCCCCGGGCCCCCGAGGCUACUCCGGCCCCCCCGGCCCCCCCGGCGACCCGGGGGGGAAGGGCGAGUCCGGCCGCGACGGGAUCUCCGGCACGGACGGCAUCCCGGGGCCACCCGGCCACGUCUUCAUGAUUCCCCUGAGUCAAGGGAACGAGAAGGGUCCCGAUGCACACUUGGAGAGUCUGCGACAGAUGUUGGCUCAACACAUGGUAAGCCUCACGGUUCCCGUCUUUCUUCUUGCGAGUGCGACUCCCCAAAAAUCUUUUCGAGAGUGA